GCCCGCCGCCACUCCAUCCUCGUCCCAUCGGCAGCCGCAGCCGCCACCUCCCACCUAUUACCCUACCCAAAACCCUAGCCCUAGUUACAUCCCCAAUCCUGACCCCUACGCUCCGCAUGGGGGAUACUCGGCGGGGUGCUGUUAUGCGAGUAGCAGCGCAGCUGAGGCGAUUCAGCAGUACGUUAUCCAGCCUGGUACCUAUGGAGCACCGGUGGUUGCUCUCGGACCUCCGAAUGGAUUGAAUCCUGCAGUCCCUCAUCAAUCUCUGCCCGGCCGAUACGAGCUCGAUAUAAACUAUGAAAGAGGCUUAAAGAAGGGCUCCCACAUGAGCAAGAUGGCACAAUCAGCAUAUUGUGAGGUUUGUAAGAUUGAGUGUAAUAGCCGUGAAGUCCUUAAAAGCCAUAAACAAGGGAAGAAGCAUAAGAAAAAUCUUCAGAAGCUGCAGGAAGCAAUCACUCCAAGACCCAACGAAGCUCAAGUGGCUGUAAAACCUACUAAUAUAGAAGCUCUAGUUGCUGAGGGAAAUGCUUUAGGAACUAAGAAAAAAAAGAGAAAGGAUGCCCCAGAGGAAGAUUUAGAGACAAAGAUGAGGAGGAUUGUUGAAGAAGGAACAGAGCCAAAUGAAGUAAAAGUGUGCACCAUCUGCAAUGUAGUUAUGAACAGCCAGAUAGUGUACAACUUUCAUAUUGCUGGGUCAAAGCAUGCUGCGAUGCUGAAGAAACAGCAGGAGGUUGCAGCUAGCUGAAAGUGAAAGAAACAUGCGUCAUAGAAGUGUAGUUCCUGACAUCAAAUGGCAACUUGGAAUAGCAUGUAGCAGCAUUUAUAUUUUAUUGUUUAGGUCUAGUUGUAGGAUCCUCUAUGGUAAGUGAGGGAGGCGAAAAAGAAACAUGUGCAAUUUGCCUUGUAAUUUCAAUUAUCGCGAUCAUUCUGUAAUUGAUACAUAGCUCUUGCCUCCUGAAUUAGCUAGUUGUGUUGUGACUUUGCAGGGUGAUUUUAAGGCACAUGUGAAAGUGAAGACUUAAAAC